AGAAACUGCAUUCUCAGAUGUUCUAUUAAAGCAUAGGAAUGCAAACUUCCGAAUCUCUCCACCUCACGCGUAAGCUCAGGUCAGGGUCUUCGUUUCCCAGUGCAACAUACUACCUUCCUCUUUAUUGUUCUCAACCCGGCCCCAACUCUCUCCUCUUGGGUUUCUCAAACAAAGACACCCUCGAUCUUGUCCCCAUGCUCCUUUCAUUUAUUCAUAUUUCAUACUUCACCACCAAAUACUACUAUAGCCACUUAUACAACCACUCCCCUCUGCUGUGCUGCUGCUUCGACUCCAACUAGCUCUACCAACAUCAUAUAUCCAGUCAUUCACAACAAAAAAGAAAAAAACAACAGCAGCAGAAAGGAAGGCCCGCCGGUAAUGAGUGAGAUGCUGAGUUCAAUGGGUACAUCCCUCAAUGAAGAGGAGGAAGAGGAUCCUCUAUCAGAUCCCAACUACCUCCAGAAUCAGAUUCCUCUAGUAUCACGCCGUAACUUCACCUCUCCGGCAACCCACAACAUCAGGCAAUUGCUGAUCCGCUGUGCCGAGCUUGUAUCGACUCACUCUGACGUGACCGCUGCUCAACGCCUCGUUUCCCUAAUCUCCUCCAAUGCCUCGCCUUAUGGCGACUCCACUGAAAGAUUGGUGCACCAGUUCGCUAGGGCCCUUUCCUUCCGCCUGAAUCAGCACCACUUGCUGUCGCACCCCUUGGGCGGUGGCAAUUUGUUGAGAUUAUCAAGAACAACGACCACUACAAAUGUUGCCUCCAUUUCAUCCACCACCGCCACCCCAACCUCUCUCCUCCACCAAGACCAAAUGACAACUGGCAGUGGUGGCGGUGGCUUCUGGGUAAGCGGCGCCUCUGGUGGUGGUGGCGGUAGUGGUGGUGCUUCUGCUGCUGCUGCUAAUCAAGACUUGGACUCGGAGGCGGUUGAAUCGUCGUAUCUCUACCUCAACCAAAUCACUCCCUUCAUAAGGUUUAGCCAUCUCACUGCCAAUCAAGCCAUCUUAGAAGCUACGGAAGGCCAAGACUGCAUCCACAUCCUGGACUUCGACACCAAGCAAGGCUUGCAAUGGCCCCCACUAAUGCAGGCAAUCGCCGAGCGCCACCUCGUCCGUUCUUCUUCUACUUCAAGUCCUCCGAAGGAAAAGGAAGAGGAGAACUCGGAGUCAGAGGAGCCAUCGGAGUCGAAUCCCAGCCCCACCCCCACCACGUCGAGCAUACCCCCCAUGAUCCGUAUCACGGGGACAGGCCAGGACUUGAGUACCCUCCGAAGAACCGGCGACCGUCUCCAGAAAUUCGCCCAUUCCCUGGGUCUCAGAUUCCAGUUCUGCCCGCUGCUCAUCGAGGAAGAGGAAGGUCUCCCAUCUUCUCAGUCACCAUCUUGGGUGGGCGCUGCCAUGGCGACUGGACACCUACCCUCUGCCGUCGUCCCUCUCAUGCCCAACGAGGCCCUAGCCGUCAAUUGCGUGCACUUUCUACACAGACUCCUCAGGGACAACGACGACGAUGCCCGCCUAUUCCUUCGCGCUAUCAGGGCCAUGAACCCUAAGGUGGUCACCGUCGCAGAAAGAGAGGCCGGUCACAAUCAACCCUACUUGCAGAGGUUCGUGCAAGCUCUGGACCACUACACCGCCAUAUUUGAUUCCCUCGAAGCAACGCUGCCUCCGAACAGCCGGGAGAGGCUGACGGUGGAACAAGUGUGGUUCGGGAAGGAGAUCCUGGAUCUGGUGGCCGCCGCCGAGGGAGGAGACCAAGGGAGGCAGCAGCGCCACGAGAGAACGUUCAAGACUUGGGUGGAGUUAUUGAGGGCCUCGGGCUUCUCCGGCCUCCCUCUCAGUCCUUUCGCCUUGUCGCAGGCCAAGCUUCUCCUCCGCCUCCAUUACCCCUCCGAAGGGUAUCAGCUCCAGAUCCUCAACGACUCCAUCUUCCUGGGAUGGCAAGAUCAACCACUUUUCUCCGUCUCUUCCUGGCACUAAAAUAAAUAAGGGAACGCCGUAGAAUUACUUCAAGAGAGAGAGAACAUUUCCGUUUUUUCCGUUAAUUACAACAGUUUCUUCUCAUUUCCUAUAAGAGUAGAUAACUUCGAAACUCAACGGCAGCGCAGCAGGAGCAGCAUCCAGCGUCGCCGCACAGUACUCAUUGAUCGAUUUGUGAGUUGGAAUCUCUCUCUUUGUUGUUUCUGUAAGCCACUGGAAGAGUGGAAGUUUGUUCAUAUUGCAAAUUGGAUAACGAACAACUUGGUAACACCCGCCAAUAAACGUAUUCCCAUAGUCA